UUGUCAACAAAAACAUGUGUCAACAAAAGUCAUCAUUAAAACAUAUCCAAAGAAAUCAAGCUGAUACUCGAAUGAACGCGUUUCCGGUUUUUGAAAACCAGAAAGUGAAUAUAAAAUUUAACAAAACUGGCAAUUUAAGCAUCAAAGUUUCUGUUUAAAAUUUUGACAACACAGUACAAUUACUACAAAGUCGUAUUUGCAGGUAAUUUCUGUCUUAAUCACUGUUAAAAACUUUACAUAUUAAUAAUAUUAAAAACUGCAUAAGCAAAAACUCUCUAGUAUUUAAGUAAUGACUACAGUAACAUUAUCGCCAACAAUAUGUCCAUCUCAUAGAAAAUGUUUAAAGUUACAAAAUUCUGAAGAAAAGAAAUCAAUAAUAAACACUGCGUUUGCUAUUGCUAUGUAUUAUAUUCCAUUUCAUCUUCGGAGCUCUGUAAGUCAAGAAAACUUGCGUGGUUUGCCAAAACAGUAUUUAAUACCACCACAACAACCUUCACAUUUAUUUACUACAGUUGCAAAACUCUGUUCAAAUAUGGAACUAGAUAAUGCAUUUUUUUUUAAAGGACUUCCUAACCGUGUAAACUUGAAUGCCCACAACGCACAAUCUGUUUUUAUGAGUGUUGCUAAAGAAACCUUUGCUGAUGGCACUAAAAAUUGGGGAAGAGUAUUAGCUAUUUAUACAUUGGCUGGUUGCAUGUCUCUCUAUUUUCUUCUUCAAAAUGAACUUGUUAUAGUAAAGUCUAUUCCUUAUUGGGUUAAAGAGUUUGUCUCCAUACAUUUAGCUGAUUGGAUAGAAGAACAAGGUGGCUGGGAUGAUUUGCCUAAAAAAUUGUCAAAUGAUUCAAAUAAUCAAUCAUCAUGGAGCAAAGUAAUAGCCGUUGGAGGAGUAGUUGCUGCCACAGCAGGCUUGUUUCUGUUUUCAACUGGUAUGAGGUGAUCUCAUUCAAUCACAAAAGGGUUUGAAAUCAGAGAUGUAGAUUGUUAUCCUACACCAUUUUGAUGAUUUUACUUGUAAAAAAAAAAAGAAAUGGUUAGGGUCAUGUUUUAUACCAUAUUAAAUUUCUUUAAUAACUUCAAAAAAUAUUUAGAUUAUGUUAUUUGAUUUAAAAUACCAUGAUUGACAAACAUUCGAAAUGCUUUUUUUAGAGCUUUUUAUGUGCGUGUAAUAAUUAACAACAUACCUUUGGGUUUUUUUAAAAUGUAUUUAAAACUAAGAAUGUUCAAAUUUUUUUUUGAUUAAUCUGUUUUUAUUAAAAUUAAACUUAAUUAUGGUUUUUAAUUAGUUAGGCCUUCAAAUUGUAAAGUGGUAUUCAUUGCCUGGAAGUUUCACGGUUUUAACAUUAAACACCGUUUUUUUUUUAAGGGUUUUAAUUUUUUUCAAAGUUGAAUAAUAAGUUUUAAUUCAAAAUAUUUCGUUGUUUUAGCGUGUAAUGGAAAAUCGCUCUCUAAAACGAUUUUUACACGCUAUGAAAACGAUUCUUUCACGGCUAACAAAACCAUCUUUUUGUGGCUUUUACGGUUUAAUCUUUAUGUGCGGUUCUUGCUUGCUAGCGUUUUUUUUUUACGCUAACAAGUUUGACGUUUGCAAACAUGUUUAUAUCUUAUAAUAUGGCAAGCCUGAACCCGCAAUAUUUUAUUACUAUUUUAGUCUGAUGUGGGCCAGCGUAAUACUACGCAAGUGUGUAUUAAGUGUUUUCCGAGUGGUAUUGCGAGGGAUUUUCUGAGUGGGUAUUGUGGCUUUUUGGUUUUUAUUUGUUUGUUAUAUAAAAAAGAAAAUAUUAGUGAAAACAUCUUUUAUUAUUGUUAUUAUUAUUUUAAUAUUUGUUAUGUUGAAAUUAGAAAAAAAAUGUAAAUUACAGUAGUAUUCUUCUGCUGGAUUUUUUGCUUUCAUAUGUUUUAUUGAGGAAAUAAAUUUUAUAGACAUUA